CUGCAGGUGCCACAUUAAGGUGAUGUGUUUAAUCAUCAAUUCAGGCAGGGGACGGCCCUCUUUACGCAUACAACAAACACUCCGUCUCAGGCUAGUAACUGCGUUUAGACCAGUCGAGAAGGGACUUUUAGCAAGGACUGGAGUGUGUUUGGCUGUGUGUGUGUUCAUAUUAGAAAGACUUUUGUUUUAUAGUGUAGAAAAGUUCAAAAUCGAGUGGUUUCUGAGUUUUCAUUCAGUGGAAUGUGUUCUUCUUUGAAAAGUCGGUCUUCUAUGUCAGAUAAUGUGAAAAGGUUAAUAAGAUUGACAGUGCAGGUGUAAGAACUACAUACAUUAAGUUUGUAUGUGUCUACGUGGGUGAUUCAGGCUGUUUUAGUUUGUUUCGAGUGCGUGUUUGUGCUGUUGUGAACACUGAGGAUGUCUAACUCCACCAUCAACUUCUAUGCCCUGCCUCAGUCCUUCAGCAUCUCUGACAUUAUUGUCAUAGCAACCUACUUUCUUCUCAACCUCGCUGUCGGCAUCUGGUCAUCAUGCAGGGUGAGCAGGAACACUCUGAGCGGAUACUUCCUGGCUGGACGAGACAUGGCCUGGUGGCCGAUCGGAGCGUCUCUCUUUGCCAGUUCAGAAGGCUCCGGGUUGUUUAUUGGUCUGGCUGGGACCGGAGCUGCUGGAGGCAUCGCUGUCGCUGGUUUUGAAUGGAAUGCCACAUAUGUGCUGCUAGCCCUGGCCUGGGUUUUUGUACCUGUCUACAUUUCCUCAGGGAUUGUGACAAUGCCGGAGUACCUUGGCCGUCGUUUUGGAGGAGAGAGGAUCAGAACCUACAUGGCUGUCCUCUCAUUGCUGUUGUCUAUCUUCACAAAGAUAUCAACUGACCUGUACUCUGGAGCCUUGUUUGUUCAGGUUUGCCUCGGAUGGAACCUCUACCUGUCUACUGUCCUCAUGCUGGUGGUCACUGCUCUCUACACUAUUGCAGGUGGUCUGGCUGCUGUUAUCUACACCGACACUCUGCAGACAUUUGUAAUGAUUAUCGGUGCAAUCAUCCUAACAAUCACAGCAUUCAAUAAGAUUGGCGGCUAUGGCAACCUGGAGCGGGUGUACAGCAUGGCGGUGCCCAGUAAGAUCAUUCCAAACAGCACCUGCCACCUGCCCCGUGAGGACGCCAUGCACCUGUUCAGAAACGCCGUCACCGGAGACUUACCCUGGCCGGGCAUGACUCUGGGGCUCACCAUACUGGCCACCUGGUACUGGUGCUCUGACCAGGUGAUUGUACAGAGGUCCCUGUCUGCUAAAAACAUGAGUCAUGUGAAAGGAGCAUCAAUCCUGGCUGCCUAUCUGAAGAUGCUGCCGUUCAUCUUCAUAAUCCUUCCUGGCAUGAUCAGCAGAGCUCUCUAUCCAGACUCUGUGGGAUGUGUGGAUCCAGAGGAGUGUGUGCGCGUGUGUGGAGCUGAGGUGGGAUGCUCAAACAUCGCCUUUCCCAAACUGGUCAUUGAACUCAUGCCAAGUGGCUUGAGAGGACUUAUGAUAGCAGUGAUGAUGGCUGCUCUGAUGUCCUCGCUCACCUCCAUCUUCAACAGCAGCUCCACACUCUUCACUAUGGACAUCUGGAAGAAACAUCGCCCACGUGCCUCAGAACGAGAGCUGCUUCUGGUCGGCAGGAUCGUGACUGUGAUCUUGGUGGUGGUGAGUGUGGUGUGGAUCCCCAUCUUGCAGUCGGCUAACAGUGGUCAGCUGUAUGUUUACAUCCAAUCAGUGACAAGCUACCUCGCUCCACCUGUCACUGCUGUCUUCACUCUGGCUGUCUUUUGGAAGAGGACCAACGAGCAGGGGGCAUUCUGGGGCCUGAUGGUGGGUCUGGUGGUGGGUGUGUGUAGAAUGGUGCUGGAGUUUGCCUUCCCCCCUCCCAGAUGUGGCGUUGUGGACUCAGCUCCUGCGGUGCUGCGUGAUGUCCACUACCUCCAUUUUGCCAUCUUGCUGUGUGGGCUAACUGCUAUUGUUGUAACUAUAGUAUCACUGCUCACACCUCCACCCAGCCACGAGCAGUUAUGUAACCUGACAUGGUGGACUAUAACUGAACAACCACAAAGAGAAAUACCUCUACAGAAAGUGUCCUCUGUCAGCCACCGUAGCUCCCAGAGCUCUGAGCCAACUCGGAGUGUGACAUGUGGUCAUGGUGCGGGAUUGUGUAUCUCAGCAGCUCGGCGAUCAGAAGAGACUCCAGCUCCCAGAGUGCUUAGUGUCAGAGAGAGUGUGUUCUGGUCCAGGUUCUGCUGUGUGAACGCUCUCCUCUUGGUCAGCAUUAACAUUUUUCUGUAUGCAUACUUUGCCUGAGUCAAGGAUCCGAUUUAACAUCCUGCCUCGCCCUCCCGCUGAACCUCUGCCAAACUCUGAAACAUGAACCCAGAAACUCUGCCUGCCUGCCAAACAGCCUCUAAUUUCUCCAGGUACUCUACGGCGUAGAAGCAAGCUGUGAUUUUUAUACAUUGUAUGCAUAUCUUUCAAAAAUCAAGGCAAUGUACUGUAUUUAAAGUGAAUCAUACAGGUGUACAUGCAGAUGUAGAACAUUUCAAACAAAAAAGUCUGACAGCACAUACCUCUCUGCUAAGGGCUGCACACACCUCUUAAUGUCUUAUUUGGUUUGAUUUUUCUUUAAUCUGCUCCACAUUUCCAUCAAAUUAAACAUAAUGAUGGAUAAUAAUCACAAAGUCAAGAGUCAAAAUGUGAAAUUUCUAACAUUGUUGUUAAUUGCAUGGUUGUGUUGGGGAAAAAAAC